AUGUCAUCAACCAUAGAGAAUGCAUUAGAGUUGGUUGAUAAACUUCAUCGUUGGCCGGAAUAUAGCAUCACUAAACAGAUUGUCAAUAUUCGCUUGAAUGGGACUGUAGAUAUGAUAGAAGGAUGGGAAAGGAUGAGAAUAGAAGCUGGCGGAAUUGAGAACUCCGAAGUUUUCGAGAGGUAUCGCGAAUCCAAAUCCAAUUAUGUGGAUAACGUUAUCAAGGACGAGGAAUCGUCAAUUCUCCAGACAGAUGCUAAAGGUAGACCAUACAUCGAUGUAUCUUCGAUUGACAGAAAAAAGACGACCAGUUUCUUGAACGAUUUUACCUUCAGUAAUCCGGGAAUCGCCAGAUACAAGCCUAAUUACGACCACAAAAUUCCAUACAAUGAUAAGUACCCUAAGUUAAAGCAUGGUGUCGCCAAAAUGGUGGCAAUUAGGACAGUUCAGGGUUUGAAUUCCAACGCGGGGGUGGACCGUUGGAUCCAGUACAUUGCGCCUGCCAUGUCGCACUUACUAUCAAUGUAUCCUCAAGGUGUUCAGGUCAAGAAAUCAAAAUGGCCACAUGCACGAUGGGGGGGUGAUUUGGCUGCUCAGAUGGUCGCAUAUCACCAUCCUAACGAGGUAGACACCGAGAAGAUUGGAUUAUCAGUCACUCAAAGAAGACAAAGAGAUGCUACGUGUGAUCAACCAUCCAUUGGUCUCUCAAAGGAUGCCAAAUCGGGGCAUAAGCUUACUCUGUACUUGCCUAGAAAGACUAUCUUCUAUCCAGGGAGUAGACAAUUUCUUUUAUCCAGAAUACUCACUUCAAUCCGAUCCGAAGAACCUCCAAUGAUCGAUCAGAAUGAACAGAGUAUGUUUGAUGCUCCUAAGCUCAAGAACGAAGAGUUGAAGGGUUUACCCAAGACCGAAAGAGAACUAGCAGAGAGAGGGUUUCGAUGGUUCACCUGGCUGUGCUGGGAAGUGGGAAGACUAGGGAAAAAGGGCUUGACUUACGAACAAUGGGAGGAGUUGUUCUUGAAAGUCAUGCCUGCUUGCCUCAAGGCCACUUUACAAGCUCAGCAAAGGCAUUGGAGUGACCGCUGGUUCUACUUCAGGAAAAUUCAAGCUCUGGCUUCGCAGCCGCUAGGGGAGAAUCGCCUAAGACUUGAAGUGAGAAAAGCUGCAUUUGAGGGCAAAGAAGAUAAUUGGGAUACCCGACAAGCGAUCGGAAUCGAAUUCCGAGGACUGAGUGAGAGGCAGAUAGCCAGAUAUAACAAUUGGUUGAACGAGAAGUAUGCCAACUGCAGAUCGAUCUGGGUGACACUCGUGGGGUUCGCGUUGUUUUUUGAGCUAUCAUGUGCAUACGAGUACUCUUGGCUUUUACCCACUGUGUGUGAUCACGAGAAGAUGGAUAAAGAGCAUCUCUGCACCGAAUGCGAGUCAAAAGACAUACUCUGUGCUGAACUCAUUCCUGGUCGAGGCGCAUUAUGUCAAGACUGCUUAAGUAGCAUAAUCAAAGAAAACGACGAUGAUUACUUAGCGUGGUACAGCGACAUGCUGUCUGCUCAAUUAUCCGGUGAAGGUGAAAGUGCUGUGUAUACCGCGGCAAUCGUAAAGUACCGGAGCUAUAAGCGAAGGGUCAACAACCUUGGAGAUAAAGGCCAUCUGGCAAUCUGUAAAGAGGAUGCAGUCAAAGUGGCUGUAAGUAGCUGGUCCGAUAAACGAGGCGAGGUCUCAGAUCAGGUAUUUGGGAUGGGGCCUUUAGGUCAACUUAGUCGUCAUGCAGGACAAGUCAACAGACUACUUCGUCCUUCUGUAGUUCGAGGCUCUCGUGCGGUCGUACACAAUGAUAAAACCUACUUGUUUCACCCAGAUGACUUAGUGCCGACAGUAGCUGCUGCUGGAAUUUUGGCAGGGCCUAAUUCUUUGGCUUCUGUGUUAUUGUUAGCAUACGCUGGUCGUCUCACUCAAAGUCGCUGGAAGACAAUAAUGUCUGCAAUAGAUAUAGGAGAUCAUCAAAAGAUUCUGACCAUUCUCCAGAGGAUUGACAACGAAUUAGAAGACCUUCAUCAAAUUCAGUCAGGUAUCCCUUAUCGACUUUCGUCUAUCGCUAGGACAUCCCCAUGUAGACUGCUGCCGACAAUCAGGCAAUUACAAGAUCAACUUGACAAACUGAACAUCGUUCGAGGGCCUCACUCAGACCAUAAGCAAAAAGGAUCAUCGAAGUCAGCCAAUCAAUAG